UGUGGUCGUGACUGAAGCACCUUAUAACAACAUGUAGCUAGCUUACACACCACCGCAUUAACGUUACACUUUGUGAGCUGCAGUUAAAUUAUCCGGUCAACAACACGAAGGGUUUCAUCUGUGAAUCUGACGAGGAACAGGACGAUAAUUCAUCGACCGGAAGCGUUGCGAGUUUCUGUGUUGACGCUAAUGACUGGUGAAAUUAAAUGCACGCGCCUGUAACGUUAGCUUGUUUGUGAUGCUAACGAAAAUGUUAGCUCGUAAUGUUAUUCAGAGAAACACAUAAAGUAGCUUCCGUCUGUUAAUCGCUAAAAAAACGGAGCCAUGUUUCGGUGGAUUCUUGGCGGUCGAGAGGCUCAGGGUUCAGUGGAGAAAAGCCCCGUGCUGUGCAUUGGAGAGGAACAGCCCAAAAACUGGUUCACUGAGCUGCAGGUGCUGAAAGGACAUUUUGACAUUGUUCGAUUUCUGGUGCAGAUUGAUGACUUCAGAUGUGCCUCUGCAGGGGACGAUGGCCUCAUUCUCGUCUGGAAUAUUGAGACCGGGGAGAGGCUGCAGGAGCUGAGGGGCCAUUCCCAGCAAAUAACAGCCAUAACCACCUUCACCUGCAGUAACGGACUCACCUCGCUCAUCACAGCCUCCUCGGACCGAAGUCUCAGCCUGUGGGACCCCGAUACAGGCAACAGGGUGCAGACCAUUUCAGAUCUUCAGUCUUCUGUAAAGUGUUUGCUGGUGCUGGAGCGCCUGUGUGUGUGUGUGUCCGGCGGGGAGGAGCUGUGUGUGUGGAACAGAGACUUUCAGGUGCUGUGUCACAGGCAGAACCACAGCGACACCGGAAUAACUGCUUUGAUAGAGCUGCCCAAGAACUGCCUGGCUGCUGCGAUGGAUAAAGAAAUAGUGAUCUACAGGCUGACGGUUUCUACUGACUCCUCUCUGUCGCUGGCUGAGAUCCGCUGCCUGUCGGACCACCGGGAACAGAUUCGCGCUCUGAUCAACGUCAACGACAGGAGCUUCGCCAGCGGUUCCCACGGGGGCGAGCUGAUCUUAUGGGAUGCGGUUGAUUGGAACAUCCUGGGCUAUGAGCACAUUCUGUGGGAGGAGUCGCGACCCUGCGCUCAGGCUGAGAUACGAUUGGCUGCUCCCAAACCCAGCGAGAUGUCCAUCCAGCAUCUGACCACCGACGGGAAGCACAUCCUCGCGGCUGUGGGCAGCGGCCUGUAUGUGUACAGCGUUCUGACCAAGAAGGUGGUGGCCUACAGGAAGGUCGCCCAUGACUCCAACGUCUUACACACCAUGCUGUUAUCCGACAGCGAGCUGAUGUCCUGCUCUGAAGACGGCAGUGUGAGGAUGUGGGAGAUCCAGGACCUGCCUUUGCCUGCUGAACCAGCCUCUCCAGGUUUCUUCGGGAUGUGGACGUUUGGCCGCUCAAACAAACAGAGCGGCCCUCCGUCAAAGAAGGUCACGGACGUCCCGAACGUCAGGACGCUGGAGCUGACGGGUGACCUGAUUGGACACUCGGGGGCAGUUCAGAUGUUUGUGAGCUUCAGGGAGAACGGCUUGGUCACGUGCUCCGCGGACCACCUGCUGAUCCUGUGGAAGAACGGGGAACGGCAGUCCCGCCUGCGCAGCCUGGCACUUUUCCAGAAACUGGAGGAGAGUGGAGGGCUCUGAGCCGAGCCCUGACCUCUGAUUGGCUGUGAUGUCAGGUGAUUUGAGUUUACUGUACGGAUUGUUGUUUGUCUUUUCACUGAAAGUAUUUAACUUAAAGAAGUAAAUCAUCUUGAAACGAACAGUUGGCGCUGUUUUUCUUCCCGGCCUGCGGCGGC